CUAUGUGAUCGGACGUCUUGUAGCGAUCACAUUUUCGAUUUAAAAUAAACGCGAUCUAUAACACCGUGAGAGAAACAAUGAUUUGUGUAACGUCAAGUUUUUGUUUUCAACGUGAAUGAGUUCUCAAAUGUGUGUAUAACAUGGUGUAUAAAGGUGCAGUGAUAAAACAAUGUUUUUUUUUUCUGUGCUAGCAGCUGUUCCUUUCACAAAGAUUUCGAAGGAUAAUACAUAUGUGUGGUCUAAGUGAAAUGUGCCUAGACAUUCAACAAAUAACAAUAAUGAUAAAACUAGUCAGUGACAAUCAUUAUAGAAAAAUGAAGUCUUCGUUGACAGUUUUCGCUUUGUGUGAAUCAAGACAACACAUUAUUGCCUUCACAUCGGUGGAUUCCGUUGCAUUAUGAAAUUAAAACACUAUCCAGGAAAAGCGGUCAUGGAGGACCCGUGGCUUUCUAUCAAUGAUAGGACUAUGGACCUUGUUUAUGCUGCAAAUUGGGUUGGAGCAAGCAAUCUUAGCAGUUAUAAUGAAAACGACAAAGAUUCGAACAAGGUCAAAUUUAACUCAAUAUCCAGGAGUAAAUCCUGCCGCGACAUCGGACGCAAUGACAAAGAUACAAGUAAAACAAGCUCUUUUGACGAUGAUGCUUAUAAAUCCGAUCAAAAUGUUCCUAGUGAAAAUAUUUCACCACUAGCUAAGUAUCAACAAGAUAUAGAAGAAAAAGCUAGAGCCAACAACGAUCUUAUUAGUCAAAAUAAAUUAAAACAUAGCUAUAGUUUCAAGGAUAUGCCAAAUGGAUACAAGCCUUCUACUCUACGACGAGUAAAGCGAAGAAACUUUACCGAAUGGGAUAUUGAAGCGUUUGGUUCAAAUGAGCGCCAAGCACCCGUUCCUCCACAGAGAAAGGAUUCCCUUAAAUAUGCUCACAGGCAAAGGAAGGUAGACUCUAAGAAAUCAUAUUAUCCGUUACCGGAUCCUGGUCCAGUACCGCCGGAUCCAUCAUCUGAAUCAUAUUAUGAAUAUUAUUCAAGAGUAAGUCAACAGAACAAUGAUACCGACAGUGAUAAGAUAAAGUUACAGAAAGAUACUAAGAAAGAGCGAAUUUCAAAUAACGAAAUGAAACAAAACGGCACAGUUCGGGGCUACAACAAUGGUGGAGACACGAUGUAUCACCUAAUAAAUUCUAUGGCUACAUUAGAUUUAUCACCUAUUAAAGCCAGAUCUAAAAAGAACCUCGACACGGAUUGUGAAGCGGAAGAUUUAGGCUUAUAUAUGCGGCCUAUUAAGGAAUCGUUAUCUACAUGCGAUCGACUUCCUGAGCGCACUACGCAACAAGAGAACGAGCGAAGCGGACGUGUAGAUGACGUAAAACCCAGUUUUCGUUCUAAAUCAAUGCGAGUUAAAAGCGAAGGUAGGGCACCGCUUCGUGCCUAUCUUGACUCUGUAAAUAAUGAUAGCAAGGCGUUUAAUAGUGUGACGGUCACGCAGCCGAAAAGGAACCUUUCUCCGAGCGAGCAGCUUACGUUAAUGCAGUACGAUAUGUUUAAUGGUAAUCAAAAGCAGCCCGCGACUCCCAUCAACGGAUUUCACUCGUUUGAUGAAGCGAAAGAAAGUGACUAUCGGACUACUAACGGUACUUUAAAACAAAUCAAACGUGAUAAGUAUGGAAAGUUGUAUAAUACAGUGAGGGUGAAAAGUGAAGACAGGUACGAUAGGUAUAAUGACAUUUUAUCGUUUACUCAACCAAAAGAUGUGAUAAGUGAACAACGAGUGACUAAUACGAACGGUGUAUUCUCCAGAAGUGCCAAAAGUUCAUCAAGUGGUUCGGAUUCUGACUUUUCUAUUCCACGCCCUAAGUUAAUUGUGCCAGUCCAUACGUAUGGGCUUAGGAAAAGACGUACUGGAAAUCUUUGUCAACGUGACAGUAACGCUACAGAGUCCACGCUAGACGCCGGCGUAGUACUUGAUGUAACACAACUGGAAGAUUCUAACAAUGCGUCUGGUGAAAACGAAGACUCAGAGGGCAGAGUGGAGGUGUCACGUGAGAACAAAUACCUCAGCACGAUGGCGCCCGGCAAAGUAUUCGGAGAAUUGGCGAUACUGUACAACUGUAAGAGAACGGCCACCAUAAAGGCGGCUACCGACUGCCGCCUCUGGGCCAUCGAGCGGCAAUGCUUCCAAACCAUCAUGAUGCGUACCGGUCUCAUACGACAAGCUGAAUACACUGACUUCCUUAAGAGUGUUCCGAUCUUCAAAAACCUACCGGAGGACACGUUGAUAAAGAUCUCAGAUGUGUUAGAAGAAACCCACUACCAGAAUGGUGACUACAUCAUCAGACAAGGGGCGCGAGGUGAUACGUUCUUCAUCAUAUCUAAGGGACAGGUUAAAGUUACACAAAAGCAGCCUAACAGCAACGACGAGAAAUUCAUCCGAACUCUUACGAAGGGUGAUUUCUUCGGAGAAAAAGCGUUACAAGGCGAUGACCUGAGAACUGCGAACAUAAUUUGCGACUCCCCCGAAGGCACCACGUGUCUUGUCAUCGACCGCGAGACAUUCAACCAGCUUAUUUCCACCCUCGAUGAGAUCCGCACCAAAUACAAGGACGAAGGUGACAGCAGACAAAGGCUUAACGAAGAAUUCGCCAACUUACGUCUCUCAGAUUUACGCAUCAUUGCCACCCUGGGUAUCGGCGGCUUCGGACGAGUGGAACUGGUGCAAAUACAAGGCGACUCCAGUCGUUCCUUCGCCUUGAAGCAGAUGAAGAAAGCACAGAUCGUUGAAACGAGACAGCAACAACACAUCAUGUCCGAGAAAGAGAUAAUGUCCGAAAUGAACUGCGAAUUUAUAGUAAAACUAUACAAGACAUUUAAAGAUCGGAAGUAUUUAUACAUGUUAAUGGAAACCUGCCUCGGUGGUGAACUUUGGACCAUUCUGAGAGAUAGAGGACAAUUCGACGAUGCCACAACGAGAUUCUACACGGCUUGUGUGGUUGAAGCUUUCCAUUAUCUACAUUCGAGAAAUAUCAUAUAUCGAGAUCUAAAACCAGAAAAUCUGUUGCUGGACUCCAAGGGUUACGUGAAACUGGUGGACUUUGGUUUCUCAAAGAAGCUGCAAGCCAGCCGAAAGACGUGGACGUUCUGCGGCACACCAGAGUACGUGGCUCCUGAGGUUAUUAUGAACAGAGGACACGAUAUCAGCGCGGAUUACUGGUCAUUGGGUGUGCUAAUGUUCGAGCUGCUAACGGGCUCGCCGCCGUUCACUGGCGCCGACCCCAUGAAGACGUACAACAAGAUCCUGAAAGGUAUCGACGCGGUGGAGUUCCCGCGCUGCAUCACGCGCAAUGCCGCCAACCUCAUCAAGAAGCUGUGCAGAGACAACCCGGCGGAGCGGCUCGGGUACCAGCGCGGCGGCAUCACUGAGAUACAGAAGCACAAAUGGUUCGACGGCUUCAACUGGGAAGGUCUGGCGAUGCGCACGUUAGAGCCGCCCAUUACACCGGUGGUGAAGUCGGCGCUGGACACACAUAACUUCGACCAGUACCCGCCCGAUGCCGACGAGCCGCCGCCCGAUGACCUCUCAGGAUGGGACGCAACAUUCUAACAAUAUCGACUCUAAAUCCAUUUUAUAUACAGUAAGAAUCGAUGUCUUAUAAUCGAGUAAUAAUCGAUUUUUAAUGCGCUAAUACAAUCCAUGUUGCGUUCCUCCACAAAAAACUAAAACAGUGGAAGUAUUUGAUUUUUUAUUAAUUUGUCCGUAAAUACACAAAAUAGAGAGAGUAUAUUUGAUCGCAUCUUUUUUAUAAAAUUCAUCGCGACACAGUUUUUAAAUAUCUUUCUUAUGAA